GAUGACCAUGCAGACCAUGCGAAUAGUAGAACUUCGCCGACAGCAGCGGUGGGAUCACAAUCCCCUAUACUAGGCGGGCGCCGCCGAUCGCUUGUUCAACUUGAGCCUACUUUUACCAUGGACCAAGUGAUGAGCCUGGUAACAACAGUCUCCAAGCAAGCCGCAGCAAGUGCUGUUAAUGCGGCAGUGUCCGCCACCGCCGCUAAUCCACAACAGCCGGCGCUACCCCGUGAACGAGGAAAUUUUUACCUACCUCCGUUCGACCCGGAUGUACGAUCUCAUGAUAUUCGAGAUUGGUGCGCUAAUGUCGAUGAAACCAUUUCCGUUUUCGCUAUAUCACCUAAAGAAGCACGGAUGAAAGCCAUACUUCAGUUAAAAGGAAGAGCAAAAGUGUGGGCCGACACGUGGUCUCUACAUUCAACUACUUGGGACCAGGUGAAGGAAGAUCUAAUCAAGACCUUCUCGAAGGAGUUCCGGUAUGCUGAUGAUGUACAGAAAUGGCGCAACUACACGUCGGACCAAGCAUCGAGCUACGCCGAAUACGCCAUUACAGCUUGAACAUUAUUCAAGCGCGUGCGGCCGGAAGCUAAUGAUGCCGAUGCUGUGGAUGCGGUUAUCACAGGUAUUUAUCCUGAACAUAUUAGAUCUGAAUUGUUACGAAAUACGCCUGACUCUUUGCCUAAACUAGUACCUGUUUUGAAGACAUACCGUAAACGUAAAUUCGAUACAUUAGAAAAAACAAACAAUAAUAACAAUUCUCAGAAAGCUCGCGCCACUGAAGAUGAAGUAGGUAUUAAACCAGACUAUUUGUCUAUUUGCUCUAGGUGUAAUAAACCUGGUCAUCGCUUUCGCGAUUGCAAGGCGCUUAAUUAUUCCGGAUCUGAUAAUUCCACUACUGUCGGAAGCGAGUCUAAAGCCCCUAAUGAUACUAAAUCAGUGGAAUGCAAAUAUUGUAAUAAAAAGGGUCAUGUUGAAAAUAAUUGUUUUCGUAAAAUGUUAAAUGAGCGGUCGAAUUCAGUCAAGUCAGUAAUCCUUUGCAGUAGGUAAUUUUUACCGCCAGGCCCGUAGUAUUACUACAGUUAAAAUAGGUAACGUUACUUAUCCUUGCUUGUUUGAUACUAGUGCUGAUUGUUCACUGAUGCGAAAUCACUUCUUUGGUUCGAUUCCCGGGAAGAGAAAGGCUGUUAACGCCACUUUUUCGGUGCAGGUGAACACUCAUUUGAUUCAAGACAGACCGUUACUAAUACGGUGGAAAUAGCUGGUACUUGUGUUGAGUUAGGAGUUUUAUGUUGUUAAAGAUACUGAGAUA